UACCUACCGCAGAAAGUUGCAGAGCGACAUCACUGUUGGAGCACGGUUGCUUCGUUUGACAGCACAGGGCGACACUUUUGAACACCCCCCCCCCCAAAACGGCAUUUUCGAGCUAUUAAAAGAAGCAGGUGUGUACAAGUUGGCUAUACAACAUCUUCCAAAAUAUUCAGAGAUGUUGGCGUGCACGGAGAUGAUCACCAUGUGCCUUCAGUCGGCAAAACAGAAGCACCUUCGCGCUCAGCAGCAGCCACUGCGUAGCCACGUUAAUGGACUUCCAAUUUUCAAAGAUAUUUUCCGCCGUGCUGACAAGAAUGAUGACGGAAAACUGUCGUUUGAUGAGUUCAAUGCUUAUUUUGCCGACGGGAUUCUCACCACUGAGGAGUUGCAGGAACUCUUCUACUCCAUAGACGGAAGGCAGAAUAACAACCUAGACACUGACAAGCUUUCAGAUUACUUUGCUCAACACUUGGGGGAGUAUAUGAAUGUCCUCUCUGCUCUGGAAACCCUAAACGUCGCCAUCUUGAAGGCCAUGGACAAAACUAAAGAGGAGUAUCAGGGCUCCUCUGUGCUGGGACAGUUUGUGACCCGCUUCAUGCUGAGGGAGACCUCCAGCCAGCUGCUCUCUCUUCAAAUGUCCCUGCAGUGUGCCAUGGAGGCUGUGGAGGAGCAAAGCAGCCCUGCACCGAGAGAGGUGAAGGUGGUGGAGCAUCCCUCGGCGCAGAGGAACAGCAGGCGAUGUGGCCGCAAGGUUCAGAAGAACAUGUGCCUCUCCCCCACCGACCCCUACUCAGGCAUUCUCACUACAGGAGUCACCAUGGAGACUGAUGACCACUGGUGCUCCCAGAUCAACAGGCUCCAGUUGCUAUUGGACAAGCUGGAGUGGCAGAGUCCAAAAUUGGAACCCCUGAAAGAAGAUACACUGGCCAGUACAUAUAAAUCUAACAUCCUGCUGGUGCAGAGGCAGAUGUUGGCAACGGAGGAGGACCUUGAUAAGUUCCAGAGGGUACUCAAGAGCUACGCGGAUGCCACAUCCAACCACAGCGACAACUUGCAUGUGUCUAUCCAGAAGCUCCCAGGGAAGUCGUGCUUCAUAAUAUAUGAGUUUUGGCAGGAUCGUAUCUCCUGGAUGAGCUACCUGCAGUCCGAUGCCAGUAAGAAUUUCCAGCGCUGUGUCAUUGAUAUGCUGGAGGAUCCCAAGCUUGUGUCUACCAUGCUGCUCCCAGCAUCCUGGUGGAUCAUGACUAACAACUAGCAACAGACCACAGAACACCAUAUCUCCCGCUCGCCCCCAAACACACAACACAACCCCCAAGACAAGAGAUUCAAAAGGCAUCCAAGUGUUUCUGUGCGCACACAGAACACUGCGUUACUACAGCAUCGUUUCUCAACAACAAAUAGGGGGUGAGGAAAAGCAGCCAAAUGUAUAGACAUGAAAGCGAUUCUUUGCAUUGUAAAAGCCAAUGGCGACGCUUUUGAAGCUCUCACUCCGAAUCCAUGCUAGAAUCGAUCACGUGGCUUGAAUCAAACGAUUCCAGUUUAGCAUUUUCAUUCCUGACAGCAAUAGAGACGCAUCAUACAGUUACUGCAAUGUGAUACACUACAUGCUUUUUAAUGACUACUUGCUAUAACUUGCUUACACUUAAGUAGAAUUUGAAGAGAACAACUGGAGCUCGCUGUUUAAAAUGCAUGCAGACCAGCGUUUGACCGAGCCUCAGAAAUGAGUUGCUUUGCAUUCUCAAUGCGUAACCUACAGAUAACUUAUUUCCUUAGAUAGGAACCAAUAUGUGAUGUGUUUCAAAUGCUGAAUGGUUCCUACUCUAGUUGGGGGGGG